AUGCCGUUACACUCUAUGCCGAUGCACUCUAUGCCGAUGUACUCUAUGCCGAUGCACUCUAUGCAGACGUACCCUAUGCCGAUGCACUCUAUGCCGGUACACUCUAUGCCAGUACACUCUAUGCCGAUACACUCUAUACCGUUACACUCUAUGCAAUUACAAUCUAUGCCGAUGUACUCUAUGCCGAUACACUCUAUGCCGGUACACUCUAUGCCAAUACACUCUAUACCAUUACACUCUAUGCAGUUAUACUCUAUGCCAAUACACUCUAUGCCGAUGCACUCUAUGCAGUUAUACUCUAUGCUGUUAACACUAUAA